AUGCGGCUCCAGUUUAUAUGUCACGGCAAGGACAAAAACAUCCACCCCUUCUACGUUAAGUCAAACUGGGAACCACCAGUUCAACAGUCUGUCACCCUAGAGAGCUAUCUAGAAGAAAUUAAAAUACAACUUGCGCACACACCGAUAACCAAAGCUAUACCCAACCUACCGCUAAAUGAGAGAAAAGCUAUCACAGAGUUAAAAAACAACUCUGAAAUAAACGUCAAGAAAGCGGAUAAAGGUACUACCACAGUCAUAAUGAACAAACUAGAUAAAACACAAGAGGGGCAGACCCUAUUAGACGAUGGAAACAACUACACACCCCUCGAAGACCCCAUGGCAGGGGCAACUUUCCAAAAAGUGAAACAAAUAGUCGAAGAACUACAUCAGGGAAGUUUUAUUGACGAAAUGACUGUUAAAUGGUUAUCACAGACAUCUAACCCACCCAGAAUACCUGUCUUCUACACUCUCACAAAGAUUCAUAAGCCAACUCCUGUUGGCCGACCUAUAGUGGCAGGAAACGACGGACCCACCAAGCGAAUAUCAUCAUUCGUUGAUAGCCUACUUCAGCCUAUAGCUAAGUCACAAAAGUCCUAUCUUAAGGACACAACUGACUUUGUUAACUUCAUAGAAAGGAGAAACCUCCCAGGGGACGUUUUCCUAGUCUCCUUAGACGUUAUUAGCCUGUACACAAAUAUCCAACAGGAAGAGGGAAUAAACACAGUAUGCAAAGCAUACCAGACUUUCUACGGGGAAAACACCCCUAUCCCCACCCAAUCCCUCAGAAGAAUCCUUAAACUUAUUCUUCAAGAGAACUCAUUUGAAUUCAACGGCAAAAACUAUCUCCAAACACACGGAACCGCACGCAAUGGAUACAAAGAUGGCAGUCGCCUUUGCCAACAUUUUUAUGUCGGCGGUGGAGACAGAAAUACUGAACCUCAGUAA